GACACAAGGAGCCCACUAUAAAAGCUUGCUUCACACACGAGUUAGAGAGUUUUCAUCCCAUACUAAAAUUAAACAAAGAUGGCUGUACCUGCUGGAAAAACUCCUAUCAGCUUUCUACAAGAGAUAUGUACUAAACGAGGAAUAACUCCACAGUAUGAUCUGGUUGCAAAUGAAGGUGCCAUACAUGAGCCUAUGUUUCUAAUGAGUGUAGUGGUAGGAGAAAUUACAGCCACAGGAAAGGGAACAAGUAAAAAGAAGGCUAAACAUACUGCAGCUCAAGCCGCUUUGAAUACUAUAUUAGGUGUAAUGCCAGUUGAUAACAAUAUUAAAGCAGAAGAUAACGAUACCAGUAGUAGUGUUGGACCAUCUGCUGAUGAAGACAGUCUGGGCAAUCCUAUAGGUGAACUACAAGAGUUUACCCAAAAGAAACUAAUCAAACCGCCUAUUUAUGAAUACUCAUGUGAACAGGGUCCUCCUCACUCUAGAGAAUUUAAAUGUACUGUUAAAAUCGGUAAAUUCCAGGAAAUAGGAGUAGGACGAUCUAAGAAGUCUGCUAAAAGGGCAGCUGCAGCACAGAUGCUAGAGCAGAUAAAGAAGGUGAUGUUAGAUGGAAGUGAAAACACUAAAAUAGAACAAUCAGAUGAUGAAGAUGAUCUGCAAUUAUCUUUUGAACCACAGAGUGCAUAUGCUGCUCUAAAGGAAGGCAAGAAGAAAAUUCCUGUCACUACUCCACAGAAAGCGAAAGAAAUUCAAAAAUUUUAUCAAAAAAUUAUGAAGAGUGGUGGUGCACACAUGAAAGAUUUGCAUAAGAAUUCUUUGAAUGUACCAAACACCAACUAUUGUCAGAUGCUACAAGAAAUAGCAGAAGUACAGAGAUUUGAAGUCUCUUACUUUGAUAUUAAAGAACCUAGCAACUCUAAUCAGCAUCAAUGUUUGGUUCAACUGUCCUCCAUGCCUGUUGCUGUCUGUCAAGGCACAGGUCCAUCAACAGAUGAAGCCCAUGCUAAUGCUGCUCAUAACGCACUCCAGUAUUUGAGAUUUAUGACGAGUUCGUAACGCGGCUACCCAGGAAAUAAUAUAACAUCACAUGAUUGAAUAUUGAGGAAAACAAUGCAAUUUACAUGUAUAGUAUUAAAACAAUAUGUAGUUUAGAUUUGAUGGAAAAAUGGCUGAUGAGGCAUAAUUGGUCUUAAUUAGCUAUCUUUUGUUUUACUUUAUCUACUUUCAUUAUCUUUAUCAUUAUCAUUAUCUUUCAUUAGUUUUUAUCAUUAUAGGCUACUCUAAUGAAAUAUUUGUUUAUAUAAGAUGUUGUCAUAAUAUAAUGCUUCUAUCAUAGAACAAAUCAUAUUUUGAAAUUUAAUUAUGACUUAUAAAAUGAUUUUCAUUUAAAAGUUUAAAUCAAAUGUUUAUGUUAGUAAUGAUUUAUAAUGAAUUACAAUACAGGUAUGCAAGUACAUUAAGCUGGCCUUGAAUAGAUAAAAUCACUCAGUGGUGUCAUAUGAAGGAAAUUGAUAUUAAGAUAAGAACCUGUGUCAUGGGGCUGUGAAAGUAGGUUAUCAAUGUUAUAGGACUGUUCUGUACCGGUAACCUAAGCUUUCUUUCUACAGUUGUCUUGUGACAAUAGAUAACUUGACAUUAUAAAUAAAAAUGAUGAUAUAAUAAACUUGAGUCUACGGAUACCCUAAUUAGAUUUUAAAAAGUACAUAAGUUUAUUAAAAUGAUUAAAAAAUUUUAUUUGAAUUAUUGAAUUGAAUAGUUUUAUAUUCACUGUUUUCAGUGUCAUUUAUUAUCAGCUUUAGUACAUGAAGACUAAAAUUUAUUUAAUUAAUUUCUAAGAUUAGUUAUAUUAAUAAAUUUAACUGUUUCUUUAAUGUACAGGGAGCUUGUGGAAUUAGAGUUCAAAAAUAACAUGUAGCAUGUGAAAUUAAAAUUCAAAAGUAACAGGUAGAAUGUAUGAUUAAAGUUCAACAUUUACAAAUAGCAUGUAUAAUUAAAGUUCAACAUUUACAGGUAGCAUGUUAGAAAAUUAACAGGUAGCAUGUGUUAUAAAAGUUCAAAAUUUUCACGUAGCAUGUGUAAUUAAGGUUCAGAAUUUACAGGUAGCAUGUAAUUUGGUAAGAUUAGAAUUUAGAAUUGAGCAUUAAAAGAAAAAUCUUAUUUAUGAAUUUGUAAGGUCAAGAUAACUUUUUAUUUUGUUUCUAAAACUGUCACCACACGAAAUAUUACAUCGUUGAGGUAUUAACUUACAUGUGAUAAAAUGUAUUAUUUCAUACUAUUACCCACCUUUAAAACUGGAUAUUAAGAUUAAUACACGUCAUAAGACUAGGUUAUAUUACCUGAUAAUAUUAUCAAGGUCAACUUAAUCUAGAUUUUAGAUAUAACCUUUGACCCUCCUUUAAACUAGUAAAUGUCAAGAUGUAGUUGUUUCUGCUUAAACAUGCUAUAAUAGGAAACAGGAAAAGGGUACGGCAACACUCCCUUAGAGAGUAAUUAAAGCUGGACAGGCUGAUACAUCUGCGUGGAGACUGGAUCAAAAGAUGAUACCGGCGGGGCAGAGUAGUAAAAUAAAAUUAAAGAAUCCCCAUUCAACAGAAUACACAACAGACUUGUAGAAGUAGAAGAUUGUUUAAUGGGUCGACGUUUCGGGUGCAAAAACCCUUUAUCAAGAUUCAUAAUAGUUUAAAAAUUAAUAAUCACAAAUAAAUGUACGGAAAAAUUCACUAAAAUUACUUUAUUAUGAUCAAAGUUAUAAAUGUUUGAAGGUUUGACAAGAAAUAGCAUAAAUAGUCUUAAGGACCAUUUCUACGUUAAUAAAUGAAUCAAGUAAGACACUAUUUAUGAAAAACAAUUACUAGGGUACUUGUUAUCCAUAAAUAGUGUUUUAAUUGAUUAUGUCCCAAAUACUAAAUGCCAUUAAAAGAAGAUAGUAAACAAAGUCUCAAUUUUCAAUUUUGAAAAUUAACCAAGAUACAGCAAACAUUUUCUAAUUCACUUAAUAUCUCAGCCAUUUGAUCUAGUGAAUUGAUUAUGAGCUUGGCAAGUGAAUAAAAGGGCAGAUUUAGCUUUUUCAUAAUGCUUCUUUAAGUAGCCUACUUUUCCAUUAGUCAGUGUGUAAAAGGACGAGUAACAAGAUUCCAAGACAUUUUUAGCACCACAAAAAUAAAAAUAAAGUUGCAAGGCUGAUAUUUAUUAUGCAUCUAUUUACAGUGUGUCAGUAGUGUAACCUAUAGUCUAUAGAAAUACUACUUAUCUUAAGAUACAUUACUAAUUUAAACAGAUUUUGUCUUUUUUCAUAGACUAGACAAAGAGAGGAGGAAUCAAAUAUUCAGUGGAAUUUCCCACAAUGAUUGUUAUUUUAAAUGCACUUACUGAUAUGACCUAUUCGAGUCAGUAAGAAGGGAUUAUUUUCCUUAACAACAACUUGUAAUAGCAAUAAGGACCCACUUUUUAUCACUAAUAUAAAAUUAACCAACAGCAUAUAAUUUCUCGAGGGUAAAUUCCACCACAGCAUACCACUACAAAAAAGGUACAGUCCUUAAUGUAUAAUGUGUAAAGAGAGAUAUAUUCAUGUUAAUUUCUGAAUACAAAAUCGGAAAGAAUGGUUUGGAUAAACCUGACAAGUCUUACUCAUUAAGAUAGCAUCAACUCUCUUACCAUUUUACAAGGAGUUGGAUGACUGAGUGAGUGGUCUGUAUGUUGAGAACAAGGUUCUGUCAGGAUUUUGAUCAGACACACCUUAUUUAUGACUUUGAUUUUAUUAAUUGGCUAACCUGUAAAGCCUAAUACUAGUCAAUCAUAAUGAAUACAUACCAAACAAAGAAAUUUGUCUUUGUCUUUUGUUCUAGUCCAGCAAGUGGUGUUAUCUGUUUUUGAAAAAUUAAAUAUCAUCUAGAAAUACUGAAAAGUUUUCAAAAUAAUACUAUAUUCAUUAUGUAUUGAUUUAUAAAAUUAAUUAAGAAAUCAAAGUUUUGCUUGAUUAUUUUUCAUCAUUAAUUUUAAACAUGACCAAUAAUGCAUGAAAUUCAUUAAUAUUAGUUAUUAUUAUUUCAUGCCUGUUCAAUCAUAUAUCAUGUUAUUUUGUUUGUUAAAUACUGUACAUAUGUUAAGGAUGUAUACAACAUUUGCCAAAUAUUGGAGUAUGUCUGUUGUAUAACUACCAAGCUAACUACCAGUUAUGCCAUGUUUGCUUGUAUUUUUCCAUCAAAUCCUUCCUAGAAAUGAAUGCAUUGUAGUAGUCAUUGUGAUGUUAUGAUAUGGCCUGGGAGGACAUGUAAUAUGACCUUUCCUUUUUUAGCAAUUUUAUUAAUAAUAUUGCUGGGUUGACUCCCAUCUUUGUGUAUGACUGAUAAUAUGAAUUUUCAGUAUAUAAAACUAUAAAGAAAU